CAUUUAGAGAAAAAUGGUAGCAGCUGUGGGUAAACUUGUGAUAGCCAUUAUUGUAGUUGUGAUACUGAGAUGGGGAUGGAAACUACUAAACUGGGCAUGGCUAAAUCCAAAGAAGCUAGAGAAAUCAUUGAGAGAACAAGGGUAUAAAGGUAAUUCAUACAAGCUGUUGAAGGGAGACCUCAUAGAGCUUGCAACAAUGGUGAAGGAAGUAUAAUCAAAGCCUAUGCCUAUCUCCCAUGAUAUCAGUUCACAUGUGUUGCCCUAUGAGCAUCAUAUUUUCAAUAAAUACGGUAAAAAAUCUUACAUAUGGUUCGGGCCAACGCCACGGGCCUAUGUUGCGGACCCAGAACUGAUCAAGGAGAUUUUAUUGCGACCCAACGAGUUUCGGAGGCCACAACAUGAGCCACUCAGGGAUAGCAUCAUCGGUGGACUUGUAGUCUCUGAAGGUCACAAAUGGGCCAAACAUCGACACAUAAUCAACCCAGCCUUUCAUCUUGAAAGUAUCAAGAGUAUGCUCUCGGCAAUUUGUUUAAGUUGCAGUGAAAUGAUCAAGAAAUGGGAAGUGCUCACAACAGAAAGUGGCGUUGCAGAAGUCGACGUGUGGCCUUAUAUUGAUAACUUGGCCGGAGAUGUGAUUUCACGAGCAGCAUUCAGCAGUAGUUAUGAAGAAGCACAAAGUAUAUUCAGUAUUCAAAAGGAACAAAUGGAUCUUGCAUUGCAGUUGUUGUUUAUUUUUUAUCUUCCAGGAGGAAGGUUUAUACCUACAAAAGCAAACAAAAGGUUCAACGAAAACCACCAUAAGCUUCAAACUCUUGCGAGGGGUAUAGUUGAAAAGAGAAAGAAAGCAAUCGAGACCGGAGAAGCUAGCAACAAUGAUUUACUAGGGAUUUUGCUGGAAUCAAAUUCAAAAGAAUUCAAAGAUCAAGGGGAUGGAAUGAGUAUUGAAGAUGUGAUAGAAGAAUGCAAACUAUUUUACCUUGCGGGAUCCGAAACAACCUCGAGUUUGAUUAUUUGGACCAUGGUUUGUUUAAGCUUGCAUCAAGAAUGGCAACACAAAGCUCGAGAAGAGAUUUUGGAAGUUUUUGGUACUCAAGAACUACAUUUUGAAGGCCUAAAACAUCUGAAGAUUGUUACCAUGAUACUAAACGAGGUUCUUAGGCUAUACCCGCCUGCAACCCUUGUUCUACGAGCUACCCACAAGGAGACAAAGCUAGGAGCUAUGAUGCUACCAUCAGGCGUGAACAUAAUCAUACCUAUACUUCGUGUUCACCAUGACCCUGAAAUAUGGGGAGAAGAUGCAACCGAGUUCAAGCCUGAAAGAUUCUCAGAAGGAAUAGCGAAUGCAACCCAAGGCAAAGGGUCGUGUGCCUUUAUGCCAUUUGGUGGAGGUCCAAGGAUUUGCAUAGGGCAAAACUUUGCCAUGAUAGAAGCGAAAGUAACAAUAGCUAAGAUUCUGCAACGAUUCUCAUUUGAGCUUUCUCCAUCUUACAAACAUUCUCCAUUCGCAGUGUUUAGUCUUCCACCACAGUUUGGUGCUCACUUGAUUUUGCAUGCCAUUUAAUAGUUUGGGUUUGGUUUAGUAUCUGAAUGAUUUUAUCAUCACACAUUUCGGUUGGUUGAUAAUUGCAGAUUUGUGCAUUGAUAUAUUUUUUGGUUGGGCUUUUGUUGUCUAGAAAUAUGGCUAAGUGAUUAACUAUAUAUCUAUACUAUAUUAUAACACAUUUUGGGAA